GGUCUCUCAUAAGUAAACCGUUUGGGUCUUUCACAGUUAAAGUGAAGUUCACGUUUUUCUCAGAAUAAUUGCAGGGAGAAAGCGUAAACACGUCACCAUGCCGCUCCCCGCUCCAUGGCUGUCGUACAAGACCAAGGAUGGCAAGGAAUAUUACUACAACCCGGAGACGAAAGUGACGACAUGGACCAAACCUUCCGGGUCCUCUAGUAAAACGCCCCCCAAGCACCACAAAUCCAGCUCUGGCGGAGGUUCUGGGAGCUCUUCCUCGACUCCAGCUCCAACUGGAGGGGUAGGAAGGGGCGGUCUGUUGGCUCAAAUCCAGCAGGGAACCAAGCUCAAGAAGGUCAAAACAGUGGAGAAGACGAUGUUUGCUGGUCAUCCAAGUGGUAGCGUCAGCGACGGAGCAGGCGCUGGCGCUGGAUCUGGUUCCGGAGGUUCUGCACCUGCUGCUAGUCCCCCUAUGGGCGGAGGAGGCGGCAUGGGCGCCAUGAUGGCGGCUAUUAAGCAAGGAGGCAACCUAAGGAAGACGCCAAGCUCCGGUAUUCAGAGAGAAAACAGUAGUGGUGGUGGUGGUGCUAGUAGCGCCUCCAAUGGCGCCGGAGGUUUUGCAGAAAUUAUGCGCAAGAACCGCGAGGCUGCAGCGCGGAAAUCCGGAGGUGGCUCGGUCCCGCCUGCACAUAACAGCAGUAGUUCGGCCCCGUCGACGCCACGUCAGACGCCUUUGUCUGGAGGCUAUGAGAACGGAAACAACAACGUCGAGGCACGGCUAGCAGCGAUCGAGAGCAAGCUCGACAAGAUCAUGGCACACCUGGGCAUUAACUAGCUGCACAAUGGAAGCCAUACUGCUAGAGGGUCCUUGUGUUCUAUUGAAGUUUUUAACCGCAAUUUUAACCGAAAUGCAUGGCCAUUUCCUGGAGCGUCAUGCUUUUCUUCUUCUGUUUCUUCUUGCCAUUGCCACGGCCUCCGUUAGGAGCGUUUGAAGCGCGGUUCUGCGCGAUUGCCUGCACCUGAUCAUCCCACGUUGCGCGUGUUACAGGCUGCACUCCAACGGGCUUCCCAGCCUUGGGAAGUUCAGGGAAAUCGCUCUUUGCAGCCUUGAAACUCGGCGCAGCAGGAGGUGGCGUCAUCUGACGCAGCACUGGCGUCGGCGUGGAUGCAUACGCCGAAGUUGCGGCGCCG